AUGGUCUCUAUUCUGUCCUUCUUCAACAAAAAGCGCCCAAAGACCGAGGACGCCCCCGGCCGCCCCGUCUCGCCGUCCCGGAAGGCGUCUCAGCGCAAGCCCAAGUCUUCCCCGACCGGCCGGGGACGAUCCAGCACCGAGGGCGCCGCCGGCGGAGGCCGGCGCAAGGGAGCGAACGGCAUCGCAGCCUCCACCGUCGCGCCGCCGCGGCUCGACAUUCCUCUGCCGUUCGAGGCUCGUGCGUCUGAGCUCGAGCACGACUUUGGCCUCGAAGGCGUCGUCAAAAACCCAAAGCUGAACAGCACCGAACGCAAGGCGCUCGACGCCCAGCGAUACACCCCGACCGACCUCAAGAGCGCCUGGGAGUGGAUCGGGCCCGAACUGGCUGCGCGUGGUGCCGAGACUACCGGAAUCAUGCUGCCGCGUCGCUGGAACGCCAACAAGGACCGUCAGCGCCACCUCACGACUCUUUUCGUCCUCGCGCGCCGCCCCGAGCUCGCCGACAAGUUCCCGAGCGUUACCUCGUACGUCCCUAAGACGGACAACGGCGACGACUGGAAGGCGCGUCUGAUCGCCUACGCGAGGGAUUCGGACCCUGUGGACCUCGCCGAGGUCUUGAAGCUUGUUCUCCGUCGUCUGGCGCCUCAGGAGCGCCCGAUCAUCGACCCCGACGUCUACGUCAAGUUUGUGCAGAGCGAGCAUGCCGCUUCGUACCCGAGACGAGCGUAUGCCGACAUGCUCCUGCCCAAGCUGUCGGAGGAGACGGGCGAGGUGCUGCACGCCGUUUUCGAGGUGUGCAACUCGAUCGCUCUGUACGCCGAGACGAACGCGAUGACUGCCGGCCGACUGUGCCACCUGUUCGGGUGGUGGUUACUUGGCGAGAAGCCCGACGGGGUUACGAACUGGAGCGACCUUUACGACGGCUACAAACUCGCCGGUCAGCGGGCCGAGCACUUGUUCUACGCACACCUCCGAUGGCAGACGAAGCAGCAGAAGAUGCCCCGCCGCCUCGUUCAGCUCAUCAUCAACUACCCCUUCGGCGAAUCCUCGGCGUCUUCCGAGCACCUGCCGCUUCCGCCUGCCUCGACGUUCUCGCGCAAGGUCCUGCAUGUCGCCCUUGGCACCGACGCCUCUGUCCCGCGCGGUUCCGACCCGGAACGUGUCGCGAACGAGGCGCUCGUCGCCAAGGCUGACGACGAGGUGACGGCUCCGGAGUGGGAGGUCGUCAGCAAGCCCGACAGCAAGACCGUCACCCUCGACGACAUUCUCGCCGAGGGUUCGCGCGCGUUCAUUGAGGAGUUCCUUCAGACGAAGAACAUUGACAUUCUCUCGCCUCCGACUAGCCCCCGCCUUUCUCCCGAGCCUGAUCACGCCUCGCGCCGCCGCUCCCAGUCUCACGGCGACAUCCCUCGCCUAGGCUCUGCGUCUUCUUCUUCGCCCGGAUCGCCUACAAAACUCUCUCCCGGCAACGCCGGCCCGACGGGCUGGUCGGACUUUGAAAAGAUGGGAUUCAGUGACACCUCUGAUAACGUCAAGGGCAUCUCGCUCAGUCUCGUUCAGCCCACCGCCUCCACCUCGACGCCCCGUCCCAAGCCCAAGCGUACUGUUACGACAUCGACCGAGCCCAAGAUCACAUACCUCAUUGCUGCGGAGGAGAUUAUUGAGCUCGAUGACGCCUUCAUCCAGUUUGUGGAGGACGGACAGCUCGAUCUGUCUGCCUCGAGCACCUGGCCGCGGUUCGCCUUGCUCCAGCUUAAGAAGCCGACAAACUCGUCGACCGCGGAGGAGCCCAUCAACUGGGUCCUUGUCACUGUCCAGAAGCGCAUCCCUCGCGUCACCGCUCCUGACGACGACCCUUUCGACAUCAACACCACCGCCCUCGACCGCUCAGUUUCGCCCGGCCGUGAAAGCUCCGUCUCGCGUCUCAGCUCCACCUUUGGUCUCAAGGACUUUGCCACCAACUGGCGCAGCAGCGGCAUGUUUCACUCAAAGUCGUCUCGCAAGUCGUUUCUUGGCUCAACCAGGUCUUCUCGCGGCGGGGACUCUAUCCGCGGCAACGAGUCGAUCCGCUCUUCGUCCCACUACGACGGCUCGACGAACAACGUCUCUACUCUCCCGGUCGUGAACGAAGGCGACAAGAAUAAGCUGUCGACGAGCUCUGAGGCUCCCACCGAGUACACCAUCACCGAGAUGGGCGAGAUGGUCAAGGUGCCCCUGCCCCGGAGCUCCAGCAUCUCGGCCACCAGCAAGGCUGGCGUUGCUGCCGCCGCCGGCGCUGCUACGGUUGCCGGAGCUGGUGUCGCCGGUGGCAUCAAGCGCCUGACUCAGGUCCUGGAGGAUGAGGAGCCUUCCAAGCUCACGCAGACCGCCGCCUCCGAUUGGGUCUACCUUGGCGAGGGCGGCGCCCACGUCGUCUUCCGCUACCAGGGUGAGGAGCCCGAACUCCAAGGCCAUGCUAUCCGCCUUAAGAAAGUCGAAGCCGCUACCGGUCCUGGAGAGGUUUGGUCGCACACUCUGCUCCCGCAGCUUGUCGACUCUGACCUAAUGAUCUCUGUAACAACCUCGCGCGUCAACGAGGAGUGGGCCCGCUCGGUGGUCACCCCUAACGAGAUGGUCCGCGACUCUGAGCGUCGCACGGACGGCACGCUCGCCGAGCUUGUCGACUACGCCCUCCCCGCUCAGAUUAUGGAGGACCUGACCGCGCCCAUCCAGGGCGAGAAGGUCAUUGCCCUCGAGAUCAAGCCGAAGUGGGGCUUCCUCCCCUCUGAGACGGAUGUCAAGCCGACUGAGGCCGCCGCCAUCAAGUCGAAGAACUGCCGCUACUGCUUGCACCAGCACUUCCGUGGCGAGCUCGACGAGGAGGCUGGCUACUGCCCCAUUGACCUCUACUCUGACGACGAGACCCGUGUCCGUAAAGCUCUCGCCGGUCUCUGGAACGCCUGGAGCAAGACCGACGGCAAGAAGAACAACCUCCGUGUCAACGUUGACGGCAAGGCUGUUCUCCCCUCCAACGUAAGCUUUUCAGCGCUCACGAAGCUGACAUUUCAGGCCGACGCCAUUCCCACAAACGGCAAGGACCUCGCGGAGGGCACCUUUGACUUUGUCGCGCCCCUGCUCAAGUCUUCGGGUGUGCUGACGCAGCUCGCGACCCUCCAGUCCACGCUCGAUGUUAGCGACAUCUCGGAUCUGAAGGAGCGCUUCGCCGCCGAGCACCCUGGUGCUGAGCCGUUCACGCCCGACCUCGUCCCUGAGCCUACCGCUGAUGAGCUCGAGAGCUUUGUCGCCAAGUACAAGGCUAAUCCCGAUGGGGCCAACUGGACCCUGCGUGAGCGCGAGAUUGCCUACGGUCUCGGUGCCAUCUUCAAGGACUGCUCCAUUAUCGUUCGCUCCGUUCUCGCUCCCGAGGGCGAUGGCUGGAAGCUCGACGAGGCCAAGUCCUCCGUCAAGCUGAUCGAUUUGGACCUGAAGCCCCUCAAGCUCUUGCACUGGGCCGAGCUCGACGACAAGCUCUGGCGCUACUGGGACGAGACCAAGGGUGCUGCCUCGACGUCGUCUGGCCAGUUCCUCGCCGUCGGUGGUGGCAGUGGCAUUGUUCGCGACAAGACCUUUGGCCCUGGCGCCUCUGAGCUGCCGCUCGAAACCCCUCCCUCGCCAGCUCGCUCCAUCCCUAACGUCGACUCUGCCAACGAGGAGCUCGCGCGCAUGACUCAGGAUGACAGUAACAGCAACUUCUCCCCGGUCACGCCUUCGGCGGCUGUCAUGCCCGCCCCUCUCCAGAUGCCUCCUACGCGUAAGGAGCAGCCGGCUGAGGAGCCCGAAGUAGCUCCCGCUGCUGUCGAGCCCGUGGCUGCUCCGGUUGUCGCGGCCGUUGAGCAGCCCGCUGAGCCCAAGGCGGAAGCCAGUGACGCCUUCGCCGACGCCCCCGGCGAUGUCGCUCCGGUCGACACCAAGGGCCCGGCUCCUGUUUUCACCCCUGCUCCUGCGCCUCCUGUUGCCAGGAGCUCGUCCAGGGCUGCUUCCACCAAGGCAUCCUCUGUCAAGGCUCCUUCCGUGAAGGCUCCUUCCAUCAUGGAGAAGACUCCUGUCGCUGAGCCUGCCGCCCUGCCUGUCGAGACCAAGACGGAGGAGGCGCCUGUGGCCAAGGCUGAGACCUCCGAGGCUGUCCCCAUCGAGAGCCCUGAGAGCGACGCGACGGCCAAGCCUACUGAAACUCCCACCAACGGCAACGCGUCGCCGCCCAAGGUCGCGGAGCCGACCCCUGCUGUCGAGGUCACGGCUCCUGCUGCUGAGGAGAAGGCACCUGUCGCUCCUGCCACGCCGGUCACUCCAACGGCUGCUACCACUCCCGCCAAGCCCAACACGCCCUCCAAGUCCGAGUCGCAGCUGGCUACCCCGACCCAGUCGCCCGCUAAGGUCGCGCGCAAGAAGUCGCCGGUGUUCACGUCGCUCAAGACCAAGAUCAGCAGCAAGUUUGACGACAAGGACAAGGCGGCCAAGAAGGCUGCCGCCGCCACUUCCCCGAAGCAGGCUGAGACCAAGAAGGCAAUUAGCGUCGACCAGGAGCAGCCCGCCUCUCCCACCCGGAUCAACAAGAAGGCUGCUGCUGGUGCCGCCGCCGGCAUGGGGACCGUCGCCGCUGGCAUUGCUGUUUAUGAGAACAAGGCCAAGAAGGUGGCGGAGGAGCUCAAGGCCGAGUCUGAGCGCCGGGCCUCGCGCGAGUUCGUCCGUGACAGGAGCGUUAGUGUCGACCUUGCCAGGAGGAAGAGCCUGUUCGAGGAGCCCGCGCUUGUCUCGUCCACGUCUACGGGUCCCUCUCCUGACACUUCCCUGUCGACCGAGACGGCGCCCGAUGAGCCGAUCGCCACGCCGGCCGGCGAGACGACCGACCCCGUCAUUGCGUCUGCCGAAGACAGUCACGCCGAGCCUGAGCGCCGCGUGAACAAGCCGGCGAGCAUUGAGCGCACCUGGGAGAAGGAGACGGAGGAGAAGGAGGACGUUCCCGAGACGCCCAAGGCCAAGGCUAUCCCUCCCACUGUCAAGGUGCCUGAGCCCCUCCUCUCGCCCGCCGCCACGGACAACUCGCCCCUGACGCCUGGCGUUGCCGAGAUGCCGAGCCCCCCGGCGCUGAUCACGCCCGUCGAGGACUCUGACCGCGGCCGCCGCUCCGACGCUCCCUCUCCGACGAGCGCCUCGACCCCGGUCACGAUCCCCAGCAUUGCGCAGAGCGUCGCCAGCUCGAGCCGGGACAUUCCCGUCCCCAUUGCCACGAUCCCGAUGCCGACGACGCCCGAGAUUGAGCUCGGCACGUCGCCUCUGCGUGCGAGCCCCCUGCCCAAAUCCGAGGACGUGAAGCGGUACAGCCUGACCGAGCUGCCCCCGCUUCCCGACGGAACACCGGGAAGCCGGCGCGUGAGCCGCGUGUCGUUUGACGGCAACGCGUUCGAGACUGCGUCUGUCGUCUCGAGCGUCGACCACCGCGGGUUUGACACGGCGCCCGACACGCCGCAGCUGGACCAGGACGAGUUUGCGGCGCAGCAGCCCCAGUUUGGGCGCGGCGGCAUGGCGUCUACGUCGACGUUUGGCGGCACCCACAACAACAUGGAGCACCUCUCCGAGGAGAUGCGCAGGAAGCGCGUGUCCAUGAAUGAGAGCGAGGCCAUGUCCGAGGCGGCGUGGCUUGGCUCCCCCGUGCACACGACAAAGGUACUGCCCGAGGAGCCCGAGCCUUAA